AUGGAGGUCUUAAUUAAAUCUCGAGAUGUAGUAAAGGGUAAAAUUACUUCCUUUAAAACUUAUCUCGCGAAAACGCUUGCAACAUUUUCGGAUCCGUCUACGCCAGUAGACGAUAUAACAGCGUUAGACAUUCGCGAGCGUGUUUAUCGAGCGAGGGAAGCAUACGAAAAAUUUGAGCAGAUUCAAUCGAGCAUUGAGGAGUUAACGGAUAAAGACCAGGAAGCGGCGGAAUAUCGCGCGAAUUUUGAAGAAGAAUACUUUAGCGCUAUUGCGCAAGCGGAGGCUUUACAUUUGCGUAGUACGAUAAACGUGCACACCGAUGCGUCGCGUUCGAGUGCUGAAAUUAAUGGGGCUUCUUCUACGCACACGCCUGUAGUGAGGGCGACGAAUAGUCAAGGCGCGAGUAAUUCUGUCCCGGGUAUCGCAACACAGUCAAUCAUAUAUAAACUUCCGGGCAUCAGGUUGCCAACAAUCGAAUUGCCGAAGUUCAGUGGUGAAGCAUCUGAAUGGCUUACUUUCUGUGAUACUUUCGAGUCGUUGAUACAUAGAAACGAUACAAUUGAUCCGAUACAGAAAUUUCACUACUUGGAGGCAGCACUACAGGAAGGUGCAGCACAAAUUAUUAAGUCUCUUGAAUUUACCGCGGUUAACUACACUGUGGCAUGGAAAACUAUUUGUAAUCGAUUCAAUAACAAACGAUUGCUUACACACAAUCAUAUUAAAGCCAUAUUUAAUAUCAAUUCGAUAAAGGAAGAAUCGGCAGCUCAGAUUCGCGAGACGGUCGAUAUGCUUAGCAAACAUUUGCGUGCUUUAAAUGCGUUAGAUCAAGCGACAGAACACUGGGAUGCUUUAUUAAUUUACUUAGUAUCAACAAAAUUAGACAGUGUAACGACUCGGGCCUGGGAAAAGGAGCGUGCUGGAAAUGAGAUUCCCACGCUGGAUGAUUUCAAAACGUUCUUGAAUUCGCGUGCAGAUCUGUUAGAGACGCUCGAAUUAAACAACAAGUCGUUCGGCAAAGUAGAAUCUAAAUCGAAACAAUUGGACCGGUUAAAGGUUAAAGCACUUCUCGUGCAAAAUCAAAGGUGUAGUAUGUGUAAGGAAGCACAUAAGUUAUCAACUUCCAAAAGAUUUCUCGAUCUCACUCCUCAGGAGAGAGCAAGUCAUUUGAGAGACGCUAAAUUAUGCCUCAACUGCAUGAGACCGGGAUAUUUUAUCAAAGGUUGUAAAGCAAGUUCAUGUAAGCAGUGUUCAGGGAAACAUAACACCCUGUUACAUUUUAAAAGGGCAUCUUCAGCGCAGGUAUCGCCCGUUAAGGAAGCUAAAACUGCUUCAGUCUUGUGUUCACAUAAUCAGUGCAAUACACAUAGUGUUCUGUUAGCUACAGCAUCAGUUGUGGCAACGGAUAAUCAUGGAAAGGGGCAUAAGGCUCGUGCAAUUUUGGAUCCUGGUUCCCAAUCCAGUUUCAUGACCGCUAGACUCUGUAGAGAGUUAGGGUAG